AUGACCAGUUUAGAGAAUACAGAACCAAAGAAGACGAAGAGGGCAAAGAAGGUUGUUUUGAAGAGUGAAGACUAUAAAACACUGAGGAAUCAGGUAUAUACACUCUUCUACUACUCAAACAAACCAUUUAUAUUGACAGAACUAAAUUUACAAUUUAAGGAAGCAAGGAAGACUGAAAUUGAGACAAUAUGCGAUGAUUUGACUAGUAAGGGAUUGCUUACGAAUAAGAUGAAUGGUAAGACAAAGAUAUGGUAUCUGAAUCAGAACAAGUUGAACUAUGGAGAGAAGGAGAAUUUGGCUAGUACAGCUGGAUCAAUGGAUGCAAGGAAACAGAGUGGAGUGAGUAUGGGGGAAUUGGAGGAGGUUUAUGAGGAAGUGAAAGAGGAAUUUAAGAUAACUAAAGAGAAAGGAAUGGAGCUACGGAAUGAAAUAAACAGCCUAAACAACGAAUUAAGCAAUGUGGAGCUUGAAGAUGAGAUAGAAAAGAUGAAGGUGUUUAUUACAGAGAAUAAGGCGUAUGAAAAUGUGGAAUUGGUUGAUGAAGAAGAAUACAAGAAGCAUAAGACGGUUCAGGUCAAAUACAGGAAAAUGGAAGCAGAAAGAAAAGGAAUUUUGAAGAACAUCAUCAAUAGUGUAAGUGAAGGAAUGGGAAAGAGCAAAAAGGAAUUUAUGGAAGAAGUUGGGAUAUCAAAGGAAUAG